GUAAAGAAGCCUGAUUCAUUUCUUCAUGUCAGAACUGCCUCCUGAUGAUUGGUGAUCUGAUGAGUGAUGGAGAAAUAAUCAAAAAGCAGCAUGGGAGUUGCAGUAAGCACAGAUACUGUACAUAGAAUAAUGGAGGAAAAGGCAAAGAGGUACUUGCACCGCAGAUCCUUGAGUACAGCUUUCUCUCCAGCAAGGAGAACAGUGACCAGCAAAGUAGUAUUAGUACUAAAUCUCCCUCACAAUAUUGUGAGACUAGAAGUCACAGGCAGCAGUUCCUGACACAAUCUGUAUAUAGAGUUAUGAGCUGCAGAGUAUAGGAAUGCAUAUUGGCAACCACAUGCCAGGAAGUGCACUGCUAUUUUUUUCAAUAAUAAUUUUGGACAAAAGGUAAAUGCUUCGGGGUACUGCUUAGGUACAAUUAACAUUUCUAGAUGUUUCCUAAAGUAUAGCAAUUCAAGUUGACUUUCAUACUUCAUAAAACUUGCCACACUUGGCUAAAUCUUUAACAACAAUUUAUGGCAAAUUACUGUAAAAUGUUAAUUUUAUCUAUAAUAACUACUGUAUGUUGAUGAAUUCAGGAUAUAAAUAACAAUGGGUCCAGUGAGAAUUACAGUAGCAAUUUUAAAUACAGUAAAAUAUUUAAAUACAUCUUAUAAAUAUAUCUCUAAUUAGCCUUCAGGCUUCUAAGCAAACCACAACUACAGUACCACAAGACACCAAUGAAUUAAUUCACCAUACAAAAGCUUUUCCCGCAUGUGAGUUUCACAGAACACAAAGAAUAAUUGACCUGUUCUACAGCAAAAACAUGCCAUAGUUUUUGGCUUUUACUUCUUACAGGAGCUUGGAAGAUCAGAGAGCAAAUAUUUUAAGCAAACUACAUAACACCCGUAUAUUCAGAGAAGUAAAGUUACCGACUCAUCAUUCAGCUUCAACCAGUAUUGUUACUAGCUGCUAUAAUAAAAUGAAGGAAGACAACUAUUCAAGAAUUACUGAAGUCUGGCUAACUGGAAUGGACCAUCUGCAAACCUCUAGAAUUUUCCUAUUUAUUUUUUUUCUUAUGAUAUACAUGAUAAUAGUAACAGGAAAUCUUCUAAUAAUUUCAGUCAUCACAUCUGAACAUUGUCUUCAUUCUCCAAUGUAUAUGUUCCUAUGUAGUUUAUCCUUAUCAGAAGUUUUAUUUACUACCAAUCUUAUUCCUACAUUUUUACAUGUUCUAUGGGAGGAUGGAGCUGCUAUAAAUCUAGGAACCUGUCUUGCACAGUUUUAUUUGUGUGGAUCAUUGGGAGCAACAGAGUGCUUCUUAUUUGCAUCCAUGUCCUAUGAUCGGUACUUGGCUAUCUCCAAACCACUCCAUUAUUGUUCUGUGAUGAGUUUUGCCUUUUGUGGCAAACUUGUACUAUUCCUAUGGGUAUGUGCCUUUGCUAGCAUGUCAAUCACAUUAGUUAUGGUUACUCAGCUAAAAUUUUGUGGCCCUAAAAUUAUCGAUCAUUAUUUCUGUGAUUUUGCUCCCAUACUAAAACUUUCUUGCUCAGACACCUAUGCAGUUGAAAUAGAGACCUUCAUAUUUACAUCUUCAGUGAUACUCUUUACAUUUUUAUUUGUUAUUGGAACUUACAUUUGCAUUAUUAUUACAAUUAUGAAGAUCCCUUCAUCCACAGGUAGAUGGAAAACAUUUUCCACAUGCAGCUCCCACCUAGCUACAGUGUGCACAUAUUAUGGAACACUUUUUAGUGUCUAUGUGAUACCCACACAUAGCUUUUCAAGCACAGUUAGUAAGACUUUAUCUCUUAUUUACACAGUUGUCACUCCCAUGUUCAACCCCAUAAUAUAUAGCCUGAGAAAUGAACAUUUUAAAUCAGGCAUGCAAAAAUGUUUGAGAAAAAGUUUCAUAAGAAAAUAAGGGCAUCUCUUGGGCCAUUUCACACCUUAACAUUGCACUACAUUGCUUUGCUGCACGUGUUAACACCCAGUGUAUUAAGACAGACUAUUCCCUUUGAAAAGACUACCAGGGCAAAAUAUCUUCGUAUAAAAUGGACAUAACCCCCUUUUAAACUGUAGCACACCACAAUGCACAGCGCAUGUGUGUUAAGGUGUGCUGCAGUGCUGAUGUUUUUCUAGCUAUUUAACAAUGCAUUAGAGCAUCAAUCUAAAUUAAU